GGCCCAGCGGGCAGCUUUGUCCGGGACGGCGGCGCGAUGGGGUGUGAGAAGAGUCUAGCGCUGUUGGUCACGUUGGCGGCUGCGCUGGUGGCCGCAGAGUCGCUUCCAGACCGAUGUCACUCACCCAAGGUGGUGGGCCCUUGUCGGGCGUCCUUCCAUCGGUGGUGGUACAAUGCCACCAGUCAGAUGUGCCAGGAAUUCAUUUUUGGGGGUUGCAAAGCCAAUGCCAACAACUUCGUCUCAAAACAGGACUGCCUCCAGAUAUGUGUCACAGAUGGAGGUGCAGAGGCAACUGUGGUACCUAGUUCGCCAGCCACUAAAGUGGCUGCCUCGAGAGUCCGCCAUCACCAGGAACCCAGUGACAACAGGCCUGGCUUCGCAGAAUUCUGUGCUGCGCCCCGGGCAGUGGGUCCCUGCCGUGCCUCCUUCCUGCGCUGGUACUUUGACAUAGAGACACGAAUGUGCAAGAUGUUCAUCUAUGGUGGCUGCCGUGGCAACAAGAACAACUAUCUCUUUGAGGAGCACUGCUGGAGCCAGUGCACAGGUGACAAAGAGAUAACCGAAGAACCAGAAGACAUUGAUGCACACACUCACCUCCCGUCUGAACCCUUUGGCUUCUCCACCAGAGCUGUGGUCCUGGCAGUUCUUCUGGCCAUCCUGGUUGCCAUCCUGCUGGGGUCUAUGGUGGUUUUCUUUGUCAAGAUCUGCCAGAAGAACCCCGAGCUGUCUGUGGGAACAGUGUGGAGCACCCUGGACGACAAGGAAUACCUGAUGAGCAAUGCCUACACACUUUGAGAGAGCUGCCUAGGUGCGCUCUCAGAACACGCCAGGAACCGCAGCAGCAUGUAAAUACUAGAGCAGGUGGCCUGGCCUGGCCUUGCCUUGCCUUUGUAGAAAACACGCGGAUCAUUCCUCUUUCACCUGUCAGCUUUGUUCACCAGAGGCUUCCCGGUGCAGCUUGGCCACCGCUGACUCCGAGGGGUGGCGCUGUCUGCCCCCUUCUCCUGCCUCCACGGGAGUCUGGAGGGGAGCUGCGGACAGUGCCCCUCCUGCUCUCCGGAGCCAGCAAGGACUCACCACUUGAUGCACUGCCCUGCCCUGCCUUGCCUUCCCUCUGGGUGACUGUAUCUCACCUAAUCCUGCCCCCACUUGGUGUCCUCUUCGUGUGUUGGGACAGCAACUCCCAGAACCCCAGCCAGAGCAGCUGGUGGUCGUUUGGGCUGGAAGUCCUGAGAGAUGUUGAUCUGGGGGGUGCAGCUGUGUCCUGCAGGCAUUAGUUCUGUUGGGGAAAGAAGGGGGGCAGGACUGCUAAAGCACUUUUCUCCAGGAGGAAAAGUUUUGGGUACGUUCCCAUCUCUGCUCCCAACAUGCUUCCCCAGAAUUAAUCCAGUGUGUCUGAGAGACCCGGAGGCACUGCUUUCCCUCUCUUAAGCUGGGCGGGCCCAACUACUAUAUCACCAUAUCCAUGCAUUUUUGUGGGGCAGGGAAUUAGUCUGCAUAAAGCAGCUACUGCUUGUGGACCGUGGGUCCUACCCCAAGAACAGUGCUUCUGCAGCAGUUUCCACAAGGGCUCUGCCAAAUCCCGCUUCCCUGGGAGACACCAGUGAGUAGUGCUGAGUGUCACGAACAUGGCCGAGCUAGUAUAGUACAACGGGUGCGAGAUCCUCCAAUUUGGGGGCCAGGAAGGGAAAACAGCAAGGCACGAAGCCUCCGUCCAACAGCUCGUUGGACCAGUCACUCUGGGCGGGGGCGGGCGGGGGCCUCGGGCACCCUUAGUUCACUGCUCAGCAUGGCUUAAGCUCAGCCCUUCUCCAAAAAGUCCAUGGCUCUUCCUCGCCAGACCAGUGCCUUUCUCCCUUUCUUUUGGGAGGCUGCCCAGUCUUGCUCCAUUUUCCAGGCUCCACCUUCUUGAGAUCAUUAGAUGCAACAAGCUGGUUGUUGAGGCUGAAGGAUCGGCUGGCACGUUCCUUUCUGCCCCAAGCCCGCCAGCUUUAGAGAGACGGACAGCUUUAGGCUCGCAGACCCUGGUCCACCCAAAACUUUCAUCCCUCUGGCUUUGCGAGGAAGCAGAGAGUGGUUGGGGGGGUGUCCUUCAAGUGCUCCCUCCCUCCCCAGCACUGAGGCAACUGAUGGCCUUUGAUUGCACUUUUAGGAAGAGCAGCUGCUGCUGCAAACAUUUCCACCUUGUAUUUCAGCUCUGCUCCUUCCCUUGUUGCGGCCUUUGCCAAAAGUUUAUCAGGGAAGGGUCUGUUUCCAGCCUGCAAGACAGAUCUUCACUGAGUUACAGAGCUGGUUCCUGCGAAGCCCCCCCCGCUGCAGAGGCAUCUCACUGAGCAAGGUUCUACCUGGCUAGCUUUAAAUGGGUUUUUAUACUUUUUUAAAACAAAUCAAAUCUCUUUAGGGACUCUUCUUUUAAUUUGUGUUUUUAGUAAUGAAGGGACUCUGAAUAAAGUAGAGUAACUAAGCUUC